AUGAUCCCGCGAUCCUUUCUGCGUGCACGAUCACUAUUGGCAGCUCUCACAGUGGCAGCUUUUCUGACCUGGACAAUAAGGAAACGUUUCCCAUCAUCCACCCCAAAUUUCUCAUCUCAGACCAUCACCAAAGACCUGACACCGUCACAUCACCAAUUCUGGCGGGAAUUCCACGCCCUACUAGAGAAAUAUGCACCAGACACAGACCCUAUCAUUGAAUAUGAGAAGGCGUCUACAGAAGGCUUCAAUGCCCACAGUCCACCACCGCGCCCAGAUACUCUCUAUAUUCCGGAGGGAGACAUCGCAACCAUCAAAGAAGCACAUACUGGGUUCAUCAAUGCAAUUAGCGAUUCGCCACCCGAGCUCCCCUACCUCCCCGAUACAAAAGGCAUAGUCUCAACCGCAGGAGGCUCCUACCUCCCCGUGCUAGUGAUAUCCCUCCGCAUGCUCCGCCGAACCGGCUCCACACUCCCAAUGGAAGUCUUCCUCUCGGACGAAGACGAGUACGAAAAUCACAUAUGCGAUGUAGUCCUACCAUUGCUGAACGCGCGGUGCGUAGUUCUGUCCCGCAUCCUCAUCGCAGCCCCAGCCCGGAUUCAAAAAUACCAAUUCAAGCCCUUCGCAAUGCUCUUCUCCUCCUUCGAAGAGAUCCUCUUCCUAGACGCAGACGCCUUCCCACUCGAGAAACCAGAACGUCUUCUCACCAAGGAGCCCUUUCUCUCAAAAGGAAUAGUCACCUGGCCUGAUUUCUGGGCCUCCUCCGUCUCUCCGCUCUUCUACGACGUCGCAAACUACCCACCCCCACCAAUGGAUCUACGCCAGUCAACAGAAUCGGGCGAAGUCCUGCUCUCUAAAAAAUCUCAUACCCGCUCCCUCCUCCUAACAACGUACUACAACUACCACGGGCCCUCGCACUACUACCCGCUCCUUUCACAAGGCGCCGCCGGCGAAGGCGACAAGGAGACCUUCGUCGCUGCCGCAACCGCUUUGCGCGAAUCCUUCUACCAAGUCAGCGAAUCCAUCUGCGCCCUCGGCCACGAAACCCGCGGUGGGAUAGCGGGCUCUGCAAUGGCGCAGUUCGAUCCCGUGCAGGACUUCGCUUUGACAAGUCGUGGGGUGUGGCGCGUCAGAGGCGAUGACAGUCCUGCGCCAGCUGUCUUUUUCAUCCAUGCCAAUUUUCCCAAGUUCAAUCCGGCCACUAUCUUUGAAGUCCAUGAGGUUAAUCCUGCAUUUACUGAUGAGGGUAGCUAUACGCGGGCCUGGACGAUGCCGGUGGAGGUUGUAUACGGGCUUAACCGCAGGGUUGAUGUCGAAAAGGGAUUUUGGGAGGAGAUUCUUUGGACAGCGUGUGAGCUCGAGGGUCUGGUUCAGAGUUGGGUUGAGCAUGAGGGGAUUUGUGACGCGGUCAAGGAUUACUGGGGCGCUGUCUUUGGGGUGGAUUGA